AUGGCCCAACCUGUACCCUUAGACUCGACGGUCACAAUGGGAGCUGAUUCCCAGCUUGCCGAGUAUACAUUGGCCGAUGUUGCCAAGCAUAAUCGCAAGGAUGACAUCUGGAUUGCCAUCCACGGGCAAGUAUUUGACAUCACCGAGUACCUGCAGGACCAUCCAGGAGGCGUGGAUGUUCUCCUUGAGACCGCAGGCACUGACGCCACAGCAGAUUUCGAGGAUGUCGGCCAUUCGGAAGACUCCAGGGAGAUCUUGCAGGACUACUUGAUCGGUACCCUGAAAGACGCUAAGAAGUUUGUUCCUCCAAAGGCAGUCCGUGUAAUUUCCCAGAAGCCAGAGAAGACCGAAAACCCGGCAACCAAUGGUUCAUCGCUCCUGGCAGUCACUGGGGCCUUAGGAGCGGUAACGACACUGCUUUACGUUCUGAAUCGGAAGAGUCCCGGAGUUUUCGAUAUGAGAAAAGUUCUUGGCAGUGCCAUGCCACAAGAGUUCAGUGGAAUCAGACUACCAGGCGGUGGAUUCGCCAAUGGAUUUCUGGCAGCUACGCUUUUCUCCUGUGCAAUUGGCAGCGUAGUGGCGCGCCAAGCUGCCAAAAUGAUGAAGAUCGAACAUGGGUUCAUGCGCUAUCCUCCGCAUAUCAAAGCUCGGAAAGUGGCCCGAGCAGACCCUCACAUGGCGAAGGGCUUCCUCGACUCCAAAGAAUACCAGCGUCUACCCCUGAUCCAGAAGGAUUUGUUGUCGCCCAAUGUGUACCGAUUUGUAUUCGCUUUGCCUGAUACGAAGGGGGUGAUUGGCCUUCCCAUUGGACAGCAUGUUGCCAUCCGCGCCAUUAUUGAUGGGAACACAGUGAGCCGAUCCUAUACCCCUGUCUCCAACAAUCUGGACUUGGGCCGACUCGAACUGGUCGUCAAGUGUUACCCUGAUGGUCUACUGAGCGGCAAAUACCUUGCCAACCUGAAUGUUGGGGACGAGGUGGAGUUCAGGGGACCCAAAGGAGCCAUGCGCUACAGCCGAGGGCUAUGUGCCAAGAUUGGAAUGGUAGCUGGUGGAACAGGCAUCACCCCCAUGUAUCAACUGAUUCGGGCUAUUUGCGAAGACGAGCGUGACACGACCGAGAUCAGUCUGAUCUAUGCUAAUCGGAGCGAGGGGUAUAUCCUGCUGCGCGAGGAGCUGGAGGAAUUUGCUCGCAAGUAUCCCAAGAACUUCAAACUUUGGUACAUGCUGGACGCGGCCCCCGAGGGGUGGACGUAUGGGUCGGGCUACGUGAAUGAGACUGUCCUCCGUGAAAGGUUGCCAAUCCCGUCAGCAGAGACUAAGGUUAUGCUCUGUGGGCCCCCAGGCAUGGUAAAUGCGUGCAAAAAGACCUUGGGUGCCAUUGGAUUCCAGACGUCAGGAACGAUCUCGAAGAUGAGUGACCAGAUCUUUUGUUUCUAG